AUGUCGGGUUGCAGACUCAGCACGCUCAUGGAGAAAAGGCUCCAGCAGCUCUGGGCCGACGUUAUCGGCAUCGAGGCGAGCGCCAUCAACGCCGGCGACAACUUCCUGCGCUUGGGGGGCGACUCCAUCACGGCCAUGCGGCUGGUGGCCUCGGCGCGUCACCAAAACCUCGCUCUGACCGUCGCUGACGUGUUUCGGGCGCCUGUGCUCGAGGACAUGGCAGAGUGCGUCAGGUACGAGGAGUCGGAAUCCAGCAGCUUGCAAUCAAUCGCUCCCUUCUCCCUGCUUAGUCCCGAUGUCCACGAGGCUGCGGCUCGGAGGCACGCGGCGCGGGCUUGUUCGGUCGACGGUUCUCGCGUCACGGAUGUGUACCCGUGCACGGCGCUGCAGGAAGGGCUGCUCGCCCUGGGCACCAGAGAGCACGGGCAACAGCCCAGGCCGGCCAAGAUAUUGGCGCUCGAGCUCUUCCAGGAUCAUCCUGAGCGUGUUGCCGUCGUAUGUGCAGUGGUGCAUGGUGAGGGCAAAGUUGCGGUCGACGAUGGCGGCGGCGUGGUGGCCCUGUGGCGUAGUGACCACUGUAGUGUGGUGGAGGAGGUGAAUGACAGGCUCGUUCAAGAGUUGGAGAAGCGAGACGAUGCCAUCCGCGAUGCCGUGGCUAUGAUUGUUAGCCUUGAGGCGACGGUCGAAAAGCUUCAGAAGGAACGCGAUAUCAUCAGAUCUCUAAGUGCCGAAACGUACGACCAACUCCCCGAGCCCGAAGACCCCGACGAAGGUGCAUUCACCAGGAUGCCGAGUUUUAUUAACGAUCCUAGCGCCAAGACGGAAAAUUUGCGGAAUGCAUAUCUUGCACCACGUGCCAACACCCUAAGCUUUAAACGCGCUUCGAAUUCUGCCAUAAACGACGAUAACGUGCCGGAUUAUAAAUUGAUGAAAAACGACAACGGAUGGGCGUCGGACAGCUCCGAAAACGACAAUAUUAAUAAUGGCGCAACAGUUUCGACGUAUAAUUACUGGAUACGCGAAAGUCUGAAGCCGAACCGCGCUUUCCCGCACAAUGCUGCUGUUAAUAUCGACAACGGCGCUAAUGUGGGUGGUCGCGUGUCGCCUAACUUUUUCGCCUUCCCUGGUGCAGCAAAUGGUUCCGGUGGGUGGUCUAGCGAAACCAUGUUUGGCAACCUUGGUGGAGCGGGCUUCCUUGGCGCGGGCACGACCUCUCCCCCGACAUCGCACGCAUUUAAUGCUAUAGGCGCAUCGCUGCCUUCCCCUCAGGCGGGCUUUUUCGGUUCUGGCCUCGCCUCGGCUGGGCCCUCGGCUUCUACAACGGUCCCGCCGCCGCUUCGGCGGUCAAACCUUCAUGCCCGAACCGGAUCUAACCCUACCGUAACUCGCCCUCCGUCUCGCCAGGCCCCUACCAACGGGAAGCUUCGCAAAUCUCCGGUGCGCAGCAGCAUGUCGCGAAGCAAUAGUGUGGAUUAUAACGUUCAAAAGCCUCCAACACCAACUCUAACAUCGCCUCCGACUGGCAACACCUCGGAUCCCAGCAAACGUCACUACCCACCGAUAUUUGGCUCCCAACAGCAGCACGUACGCCGACUUAGUGGGUUGAAUUUAUUCCGUCGCAGCAUUGGAACCGUUAACAGGGAGAGGGAAACUGGUUCAACCAGUGCACCGCCAUCCGAGGUUUCCCUGCGUAACGCCUAUCCCCCACCAAUGUCGCCCAACUCUAUGGCCGUGGCUGCAAACGAACACCGCAACGCCACCGCCGAUCAUGCGCAACCCAAACCAGCGUGGCGGUGGCUCAGCGUCGACCAGGAGGGGUUCUCUGACGCCUUUGAAGAUUUAGAGCAGCUGCCGGAUCGCGUGCCGCAAUACAUGGUGCCAGGAGCCUACAUUGAAAUCGACCAAAUACCCAUGACGACCACCAACAAAACAGACCGCCGCGCCCUGCGAGAGCUCGGCAGCGCCAAGACUCUCGAGGAGCUCGCCUGGCUGCAGCUAAGCUGA